AUGAAUGGUGCGCUCAGGGUCAGCAGCGACCACGAGACUCUGGCCAUGGGUGCAACCGGGGCCAACGACGGCGUCGACGUUCCUGAACAGGUUCUUUUUACACUCCGCCUAUCAUCUCAUCAGACCACUUUGGCCACUAGACCGGUCAGAGCACGCAACAUCGUCAGAGGAGUAGGCUGGGAUGAAUACUUGGGAAUAUAUUCUACAUUUGGCGAGAUCGAUUUGAACCUGGAGACCGACAGGCCAAUGGAUAGGCCGGACACACCCCACCACGUUAGAACUAGUGUGAUAGCGGGUGUUUUGCUCCUCAUUGGAAAUUUGGCAGCAAGUGGCUGUGUUGCUAAGCCGGUCCUCUCGCUAGGCUCGGACUUGAGAGAGAGCUCACCAGAAGGGCUCUAUACCAACCUACAAUUUUACCCUCUCCUCCUCGCCUUAUGGGCUACGAGUUUACCGGUGGUCAAGGCACAACAGGGCCUGAUUCAAAACGUCACCGUCUCAUCCGCAGAUCCUCGUAUCCAAUACACUCCCACCAACGAAUGGUUCCCAGCCGUCGUUACAAGCAGCGUCGACGGUUCGACGCUGAGCUUUAUGCAGAGUGUUGUCUUCAACGCCUCAGUAGCAUUCACGAUAACGGGUGAGUCACGAAUAGCUUCCAUUAAUAUCCUUACUAAAUUCGUAAUUUUCUCUUGUUUGUCUUGCAUGCGAAUUACUCUGAUGAUCGCGCGGUGA